AUCAUAUUUCUCAAAAGUUGCAAUUGUUAAUAGUGUACAUUUAAUUGCAGCUUCUUUAAAAGAUAAAAAACUACAGUGUAUUAUUGCAACAGCAUCAACUACAACACAAGAUAAUGAAGUUGAACGUAUAGUCAAAGAUCAUAAUAAUUCAUCAUUAGUUAAAUUUACAUGGCCUAAAAUCUUUUCUGAAUACUCUUUUUCAAAAGAU